AAACAACGAGAAGACAAAAAAAAAAAAAAAACACUCCCAAAUGUUUUGCGCAGCACCCCAUCUUCUUCUCCACAGAUGCUUCUCCACAUACACCAGACCCCACCCUAGCUCCAUCACAGUCCGAUCUUCUUCGAGCCUCCAAGAGAUCCACGAGUCUACGCCGGAAUCCAAGGAACAGGGAGGACUGAGCUCGCAGCUCUACGCCUCCACUCCCUUCCCUCCAAUCAAGGUUGCGAAGAGGGUGGUGCUGGUGAGGCACGGGCAGAGCACGUGGAAUGAGGAAGGUAGGAUCCAAGGGAGCUCCAAUUUCUCUGUUCUCACUCAGAAAGGUGAGGCUCAGGCCGAGACCUCUCGCCAGAUGCUCGUUGACGAUGCCUUCGAUGUGUGUUUCUCCAGCCCCCUGACUAGAUCGAAGAGAACAGCUGAAAUUAUAUGGGGUACCCGCAAGGAGGGGAUCAUUACAGACUCUGACCUGCGGGAAAUCGAUCUUUAUUCAUUUCAAGGCCUCUUAAAGCAUGAGGGAAAAGCAAAAUUUGGUGCGGCUUUUCAUCAAUGGCAGAUGGAUGCUGCCAAUUUCAAUAUUGAUGACCAUUAUCCAGUGAGGGAGUUGUGGGCACGUGCUAGAUGCUGCUGGACUAAGAUCCUCACUCAUGAAAGCAAGUCUGUUCUUGUGGUUGCUCACAAUGCCGUUAAUCAGGCUCUCGUUGCAACAGCAAUUGGUCUAGGAACAGAGUAUUUCAGGAUUUUACUCCAGAGCAAUUGCGGUGCAAGUGUGCUGGAUUUCGCUCCACAAGCUGAUGGUGGGCCUCCAUAUAUUUGUCUUAAUCGUUUAAAUCAGACCCCUAGUUCACCUGUUGCUGGUGGAAGUUCUGCAGGCAGAAAAACCAGUAAGCGUAUCAUACUUGUCUGUCAUGGAUCACAGGCUAAUACAGAGGUCAGUUUUCCUAAUUUAGGGGACCAACCAAUGAACAUGCUUGGGUUAAUACAGGCCCAAAAAACUGCAGAGCUACUUCUUGAUUUGAAGGUGAGCUGCAUAAUUAGCAGCCCUAAGAUCGCCUCUGUUGAGACAGCCACAACCAUCUCCAGAGUGCAAGAAGCUGCAGAUUGCUUGGGGGCUGAUUGUGUGCCUCGCUAUGUUGAGAUGAAGCAAAUGCAGGACCUUGAUCUUGAAAAAAUCCUUGGGCAAUCAAAACAGGAAGCCACCAAGGUCCCACAAAAUCAGCCUGGUUGGAUCAAGGGAUUCAACGAUGGAGUAAUGACAGCAUUGUGGGAUCAAUCAGGGAAGACCUGGGAAUCUAUAUUGGAAGAACUCUCUGAUGAAUCCGAGCAACAAAAAGUUGUUGUAGUAGUUGGCCAUCCGGCAGUUCACAUUGCACUCAUGGGGCGGUGUCUAAAUCUGACCAAGGAAUGGAUGGGGUCAUUUCAUCUUGAUGCAGGCAGCAUCAGUGUCCUUGAUUUCCCUGAUGGGCCUGGCGGUAGAGGCGUGGUCCGGUGCAUAAAUUACACUGCCCAUUUGGGAAGAUGGUCAAUACCCAUCACGCGAUCAACAUCUGAUGAUGAAGAGUUUUAGCUGCAACCUGGUCCACUACAUAAAGUGCGCUGCCAUGGGGAGAUGGCUAUUUUCUCCUUACAAAAUUAAAAAAGGAAAAAAAACCUGCAAGAAGUUUGUAAACUGUAACUAUGUAUAUAGCUGUUCGGAAGAUAUACCUUCCAUUAAUAGGAAUCUUCAGGUGGGCUGUGAAAUGAAAUGUUCGUCCUAAAUGGAAAAAUACAAAUCUUUUUUUUUUUCUUCCUCUUA